GUUAGGCCUCUUACAAUAUAUUCAUUCAGCGAGCUGUGAGCACUGAAGCCCACUCACCUGUGGUUCAAACCCUAUGUUUGUGAGGAGCAGCCUCAGAAGAAAGUUGGUUUAAGAGAAAGGUGGAUUUAAAGGAUAAGGGACUAAAGAGGGAUGAACUUGGAGGCGGCACCAGUGCCCAGAAAAGAUUAAAUAAAGAUAAUUUUGACCUGUGUGUCAUGCAAAGCUGCUCCAGUAAAACAAUAAAAAUAUGGAGCUGGAAAUAAACAUAACAGGUGUCCUUUGAAAUAAUUUGACAUGUUCUUAUGUAUUAACUUGUCUUUUAUUUAAUUCGUUUCUUUGUUAAAUCCAGAAACGAAUUGAACAUCCUUUUCCACAUAUAAAAUAAUCAGGUCCCAUCAUGCCUUAAAGACCUCAUAGUACCAUAUCACCCCAACACAGCACUUUGCUUUCAAACUACAGACUUACUUGAGGUUCAUAUGGACUUUUUGAUAAAAUUGACAAACAACUCUCUAUUAGUUAUGCAGCAAAAAGCUACGCUGUGUUUUUAACUGGAAACUUCCUUUUAAAAGGAGGUUUUCUUUUCCACUGUUGCCAAGUGCUUGUUCAUAAGGGGUCAUCUUUGUUAGGGUUUUCCUGUGGUAGGAACUGUUUCUAAGAUUUGAUGCCAAAAAAACCCUGAAUUUAAUAGGAUUAAAAAACAUAUAUUCUAACAGGGUUUCUGUAGGCUGAACUACUUCAGUCAAAUUAAGUGUCGAUCCUCUGUUUUUAAGGUAGUAUUUCUAAUAUGAGCAAGCUGACUUCUAUUUUAAUCUCUACGUAUACUUUUCUAAACCUAAUGCAAUGUCUUAGUUUUAUUGUUCAGAUUCAGCCGUGUUUUGUGUUGGGUGUAGUGUGAUGCAAUUAGAGUAAUAAUAGUGAUAAACAUUAUUUAUGUAAGACCUUUAAGUCCUUUGACAAAUACACAAAAUUAGAAAACAAAAUUUGGAUAAAACCAGCCAAAUAUUAAAGACACAAAAAAGUGCAGUAGACAAUACAACAAAAGACACUGCAUUAUUGUGUAGACAUGUUAAGUUAAAAAAAAGUGUGCUUCCAUUAAAAUAAAUUCAACAGAUAAAUAAAAUGACUGGUUAGUAUAAUAUAAUUCAGGCUUUAAAACAAUCAGAGCGUUAAAUCAACACUGUACCACACACCGAUAAUGACAAGCUUCAUGAACACAUGAGUUCAUUUUGCAGCUUGUAUUUGUCUGUAGGUGCCCUCUUGAGUUGAAACCAAUGACCGGAAGUGUUCAUUAUCGAGUCUGGCUGUAGUGCGGACCUCCCGCGGGGCUUCACAUUAAAAGCACCCACUUUGACGUCUCAAGGAACGGGAGUGUCUCGGCGUCUUUCCCUGCGGCUGCCCGUCACAAGGUUAAAUAUUUGCAAAGAGGCACAGGUCAGAUAUGCGACAACGAGGCACAUGUUUUAGACUCAAAGUUAGCUUGCUAAUUGCGAGAAAAAGAGGAACACGUAUCCCGGGAGAAGGUCAGCAAACCGUGUGACUUGAGCCCGCAGGGAACUUUCGCUUCUCCGUCGACUUUUCUGUGCUGCGUGUUUGUGGAAACGCCGCUUGUUUGCGCUGAAACGCAGUGGUUAGGAGGACCCACACUGACGUUUCAAUCUGGUUAACUUUCAAUAACAUUAUAGUUUUGUUGCAACAAACAAUUGCGCAACUGUUUUUAUUUUUUUAUUUUUUUUUGCCUCCUUGUAGCGGUUGUUGUUGUUGGGUCCCGUGUGAACAGCUGACUCACGGACUGUAGGCUGGGCGGCACCGGGACAUGGCGGUGUUUGAGCCCGUAGCCUGCUCUUCCUCCCCUGCGGAGUAGAUCAAAGGUACUCGCUGAUACCCUCCUGGGGGCUGACCCUUCACCGAGUCAAGAUGAUCGGGUCACCGGACCUGCUGGCCUUCACCAGCACGGAAGGCUUUGGGGGAGAGGAAGACGAGCAGGAGACUCAGGGUCUACCUGAAGAGCUCUCUGUCCCUCGCUUCCCCUCUUCUCAUCCCUGGAGCACAGCAGCACAGUUUCACAGAGACUUCAUAUUGGUGGCUGAGUUCUCAGAGCAGGUGGGUCCAUCUCCUGUGCUGACAAUACCGGAGGACUCCAGAGUCCUCGGGUCAUUUGACCUCAACCACUUCUCUGUUCGCAUCAUGUCUGUGGACUACCAAGCGUCUGGCCCCGGCCACACCCCUCCAUCCUCUCCCGGCCCCCGACUCAACUUCAGCGAGGACUCCAAAGUAAUCCUGGGAGAUUCAGCAGAGGAUGCGUUUGCAUAUGUUCAUCACCUGACGCUGUACGACCUGGAGGCUCGGGGGAUGGUGCGCCCUUUCUGCAUGGCCUACGUGUGCUCGGACCAGGUGAAGCUGAUGGAGAACUUUUCUGAGCUAUCAACACGCUUCGCUGAGGCAGCUGAAAGCCUCAAGACAGGAAACAGACAAGCAUUUUCUAUUGAGCUGCAGAGAAAACUACAGGAGCUCGAGUACAGACGGCUGACCCUUCGUAAGGACGCAGAACGUCAGACAACGGUAAAUGGGUUGACAGAAUCUGAAGGAGAAAGUGAAGAGCUCGAAGCUGUGGAGCGUUCAGUCUUAAAUCACAGAGAGCUCCUUCGUCAGGUCGCAUCUUACCCAAACAGGAAGCUCAAACAGCCCGACUUCUUGCCCUAUGACCCAGCCACCUCUCUCACAGAUCCAUUGCUGUUGCCACCUUUUGAGCCAUGCUUCUCGUUCUCCACCCCCUCCUCCAAGUCAGAGCACCACCUGAAGCCACUGGAGGAGCUUUGCAACGAAUACUACCUGUCUCUUACGAAGGACCGGCUCAAAGACACAGAGCGACGUCUCCGUGGUGACAGAAGUGUCCUGCGAACUACUUAUGCCACACAAUCAUUGUCCAGGAGACUAACGCUCACCAACUUCCUGUUUGAGCUAUGGAGCCCGGACGAUGCUGAUGAAGAGGGCACUGAGGUGGAGCUGCCGAAGGACACGGGGAGUAAGAGGACUGGCGGGGCGUUUCAGCCAGAACCACCAAGCAUGGAGUCGUUCUUCUCCUGUGUGGAGGAGAUCCCAAUCAAACUGGAGGCAGCAGAAGCACAUACACUGACCCCUGGGCCUGGUCCUGGCACAGAGAUGACGGGGAGUGUAAGCAGCAGUGACAGCAUCGAAGUGCUCGGAACUGAGAAGUCGUACAUGACGCAGCAUGUCGCCGACAGCAGAGACACACCAGUCGGAAUGACAGAGAGUUGCAGCAGGCGUGCAGCAGUAGACACUGGCAUCAGACACCCGCGAGCUUAUGCAAAGCGUGCCAACAGCGAGGACAGCAUUGAAGUGCUCAGCACCACAGAAUCCAUCCUUACCGAAGACCUCACCGCCAUCACAGAGGAGGAAGCAGAGCUGCAGCCUCUGAGCAACGGCUUUGAGAAUGAAGAAGAACCACAGAUGGAGGAUAAGUCUUACAAAGUCCUCCAAGAGGAAGAGACACUGAAUGCAUCUGCUGCAGUAGGCGAGGAUGAAAAUGAUGGGCCUGAUGAGGAAGAUCAGUGUUGCGUUGAAAGUGAAGAGCCUUUGGAGCAAACAAUGCUUACUGAUAACAUCAUGAUCAAAGAGCAGCCAGGCGCCAUAAAGAUGAAUCAGUUUCGCAAAGACAAUAGUGAAGAGAAGACCUCCAAACUACUGCAAGCUGACGAAGCGAUGAAGCCCUCACCUGAGGUUCACCAGAAGGUGCGGCUGAUGCCCCAGGACAAUGCGAACUUUGCACCUGGUUCCUACAUGGCCGAGGUGGAUCGUUGGUCUUCCCCCCGCCCUCCCCUGAGGCUGCUGAGUGUUGAUGAGGAGUCAACACUCAGCAGCAUCAGUUUCACUGAAUCUUCAGAGCCCCCAUCCCCCAUUCAAAAUAUCCACAGCAACAUCUGCUGGGAUAAGAGGAGGAGGAGAAAGGCUGGACUCAGAGCCCUCAGGUUUAUCAAGCACAACUCGUUCUCCCAGCAUGCAGUGUUCUGUCUCCUGAGUGGCCGGCCACUGGUUGUCAUCGGAGGAGAUGAGAACUUAGUCAGGAAGACUGUGGAUGCUCUGACCCUCUUCCUGCCUGCUCCUGGUCCUCAUAGAAGUGCUGUGAAGAUGUGUUUGACCACGCCCCUUCAGCUGACUGACCUGCUCACCUGGAGACUGAUGGGAGUGCACAGAUCAUCCUCAGCUUCUUUUUCCACCAUCCUUCCUUCUCUGAGUCGCUACAGUCGUUAUGUGGCUCUGCUGGACCUCGACCAGAGGACGCUGCGGUGCCCGUCUUACUCUGGUUCUCUUCUCAGCAGACUGGCCAAUCCUCACACUGGUAUCACCCGGGGCAUCACCUACCUGCAGCAUCUGGAGAGCUGCCUUGCUGCGCUGGUCAAUCACGUACUGGUGCACACUUUUAUACCUCUUUUUAAAAAUCUAUGCGUUGCUAAAGAGAAGGGUAACGCAGAAGAGGAUUCCUGGUGUGAAUGUGAUUUGAGAGUGAUGAGCUAUCUGUCUCAUCUCAUUAAACAGCGGUAUGCGGGAGGUGGACCUCCAGUGUUAAGAUUUGCUUACAGCUCAGUGCAAAUGCACAGAAACACAAUGACAUCAUAGGCGUCCAGACGGAGAAAAAGAAACCCUGAAUGUUUCGAUGUUUCUCUAAUUUUUAGGUUUGAUCAACUGCUGCUGUGAACAUUUCGGUACAAAAAAAAUGUUUUUAUGUGCAGUGUUAAAUAUAGAUUUAGGUCACAUCGUUGCACUAGUGCCUCACUUGGCACCAAAACCCUUCCACAUGCUGGCAGCCUUAUCAUUUAAUGACACAUGAACUUGUAAUUUAAGAAAACUGAGCCUUAUCUGAACACUGUGCAAUGUAAGCAAGCCUGUAACCUCUAUAGAGUACUGUUUACUAUAGAGUACAGCACGACAUCCACAUGACAUGUAGGUCCAUUACAUCAUUACUUUGUAAAAACCUGUCACCCUGCCUUUAGCAUGUCUGAUAGUCACAAAUAACUGGCAGCCUAUAGUUAUUCUACGACUAUUAAUGAUAAUGCGGCCCAUGCAGUAGACCUGCAGGUCUUUUGGAUGUCAAUGGGUUCUUGCUAAAGGUUAAACAGAAAGAUCAGUACCAUUUUGUUUGAACAGACAGUGCAUUACAUUGAAUCACCCAUCACCAAAGUCUCAAGUGAAGCAUUGGUGGAGAAGUGUGCACUGUUUUGUAAAAGCUGUAUGUGGUGUAAAGGUAUGUGUACUUUUAAAGCACUUUACAACUGAGUACUCGGGUGCUUUUUACUGCAAGCCUCAUUCAAACAAGCGCAUUUUUCUAUACUGGAGCCUUGUCACACAUUUGCACAAACACUGAGGGAUGCAGCAGGGGCAAAUGUUUAGUAUCUUGCCCAAGGAUAUUUGAUGUGCAGGCUGGAGAAGCCAGGGAGUGAACUGAUCACUAAUGUUUCUUGGCUGAAUUGAUAAUGGAUUUAUAGUGUUGGCAUUAUUAUGCCAAAAUGGUUAGCUUGCAUGAACACCAUCCCUCGAUUAUGAAUUUGUAGGAUUUUUUUUUCUUUUUCAAAUUAAGCAAACAGUCCAUAGCACUUACAAAUUUUUUUUUUAAAAUUGAUAUGGUUCAGGUACCUCUUUUCCACUGUAGUAGUGCCAGUGUGGGCGCAGAUUCAAUUCUGCACCAGGAACCACGGAUUUCCUUAGAAUUAAAAAAUUAUAAUGUUUUUGUAAAAAAAAAAAAAAAAUCCUUACUUUUGUCUAUAAAAGUACACAUUACACCAUCAGUUACUGUGGUAACUAGAACUCCAUAAAAGCCUGUUAAUCCAACCGUGAUUUUUUAUUUUUUGUAUAUAACACACGAUUUGAAACAAUAAAGUGCCUUUAUAAAAUGACAGAGCAACAACUGUUGUUUAUCUUGCUGUGGAGACAAAAUCAUUUUAUAUUCAAGCAGCGAUUCAGCAAUCUAAUGCAUAAAACUGUCUUUUUAUUUAUAACUGUAACAUUAACAUUUAUGAACAUUAAAAAGGUGAAUCAAUAUCAAUUCUCUUGUCAUCAGAUGGUGAGUAGUAGUGCCAGUGUGGGCGCAGAUUCAAUUCUGCACCAGGAACCACGGAUUUCCUUAGAAUUAAAAAAUUAUAACGUUUUUGUAAAAAAA